AUGAAGAAGCCUGCAUCGAAGAAGGCUCCUCAGAAGGCUCUGGCAAUGAAGACACUACCGAAACAGACAUCUGCGCAGAAGGGUGCCAAGCGUGGUGCCAAAAAGAAGCCCGCUGGUAAGAAGUCCAUGAAGCAGCUUUCGAGCAACAAGACGGGCAAAACGGUCAUGAAAAAACCUGGGGCCGUGACUCACAAAAGACCUGCAGCGAACAUGUUGGAUGCCAUUGUGAAGGCAAAAAGUAUGAGAGCCUUCAAGGCAGCAGUUGACAAAGUUGCAGACGUUAAUCGACUUUCAAGGACGCAUCGUCAGUGGCUCCUUGACUUGGUCUAUUUUGAUGGUCCAGACAGUGAAGAGAAGCUUGAACUCCUUCUGGACGCGGGCCUGGACGCCAACAUGUCAGGGCUAUUGUAUUCGUCAGUUUUUGGUUCUGGCGGGUGCAUGAGAUUGCUUUUGGAAUUUGGUGCCGAUCCCCUUGGUGACCGCGCGCACAAUCCUCAUGCUCGUUGCCCUUUUCUAGCCGCAGCUGAUGAAGGAAAUCCAGGGAAGGUGAUGCAGACGUUCGACCUGAAGGAGGCGCUCUUUGCUCAUCCCAACUAUGAAGAGACGGCAGAAGAAGUCUGGAAACACACCAUCGAACGGAUGCAUGAAGACCUGCUGGAGCAGCAUGGACGAGUUCGCUUUGCUGGAGACAAUCUCUUCGAGCGCUUCGCCCGAGUGGCCAAGGCCAAUGUCAACAAGGUCUUGCAGGGCAUGGAGGAUCCUGAAAAGGUUCUUGAUCAGGCCUUGGACGAAAUGCAGGGCGACCUCAUCAAGGUCAGGCAGUCUUAUGCAGAGGUUCUUGCAACGCAGAGGAGAUUGGUAAAUCAGAAGGAGCAAUCAGACAAGUUGGCAGAAGAUUGGUAUCGUAGAGCCGAGAUGGCUGUCGAGAAGGGUGACGAUGAACUUGCUAAAGAAGCAUUGUCACGACGGCAGUCAUCUGUCCAAAAGGCGACUGGCUUGCAGGACCAGAUUGAUGCAAUGACAGGGAAUGUCGAAAAACUCUUUGAGUCAGUGAAGGCAUUGGAGGAGAAGAUCACCCAAGCAAAGGAGGAGAAGGAGCAGCUGAUUGCGCGGGCAAGAACAGCAAAGACCACGUCGCAAGUCAACGAGAUGUUGUCCGAUGUGACUAGCACUGGUGCCAGCGGGGCAUUUGAUCGCAUGAAGGAGAAGGUAGAAAUGCUGGAAACGCGGGCGGAGGUCUCACAGGGUUUGCUUCCAGAAGCUCAGUCAUCAGGAAGCUUGGAGGACCGCUUCAAGCAGUUGGAAGCCGGCAGCGCGGUCGACGACGAACUAGCCAAGCUGAAGGGCAAGAAGGCUUUGCCUGCAGGAGGUGCUGGCAGCGGCAGUUCCAGCGGAGCUUCCAGCGACAUCGACAACGAGUUGGAAGCGAUGCGGAAAAAGUUGAAGGAGGAUGCAAACUGA